AUGGUUGAUGACGCCUUCAACAGCUCAGGGUUGCCUCCUUUCACCUUGACAGGACUCCCAGGGUUGGAGGCCUCCCAGCACUGGAUAUUUUUGCUUCUUGGGGCCCUCUACAUUGUCUCCAUUGUGGGCAAUGCCCUUAUCCUUUUCACUAUCAAGGAGGAACAGAGCUUGCACCAGCCUAUGUACUACUUUCUGUCCCUGCUAUCAGUUAAUGACCUAGGUGUGUCUUUCUCCACCCUGCCCACAGUACUGGCCACAUUUUGCUUCCAUUUGAGAGAAAUCAGUUUUAAUUCUUGCAUGGCCCAAAUGUUCUUUAUCCAUCUUUUCUCCUUCGCGGAAUCAGGGAUCCUGCUUGUCAUGAGCUUUGACCGCUAUGUGGCCAUCUGUAACCCACUGCGCUACACCACAGUGCUCACGGAUGGCCGUGUGGUUCGGAUGGGCCUGUCUGUUGUUAUCCGCAGUUUCUGCAUGGUUUUCCCACUGCCCUUCCUUCUGAAGAGGUUACCCUUCUGCAAGGCCAAUGUGCUGUCCCAUGCCUACUGCUUGCAUCCAGAUCUGAUCCAUCUGCCCUGUGGUGACGUCACCAUCAAUAACAUCUUUGGUCUGUUCAUUGUUAUCUCUACCUUUGGCCUGGAUUCGGCACUCAUUCUUCUCUCGUAUGUGCUCAUACUUCGUUCUGUACUCACCAUUGCUUCCCAGGAGGAACGGGUAAAGACACUCAACACAUGUGUGUCACACAUGUGUGCUGUGCUCAUCUUCUAUGUGCCGAUGGUUGGUGUGUCUAUGGCUGCUCGCUAUGGGAGGCAUGCCCCACAGUAUGUGCACAUACUCAUGUCCCUUAUUUAUCUGUUUGUGCCUCCCAUGCUCAACCCUGUUAUCUAUUCCAUAAAAACCAAAGAGAUUCGUCGGAAGCUUUACAAAAUACUGCUGGGAACCAAGUUUUGA